CCUUUAUUCCUCUGUUAGGGUGAGUGGGUGGAUGCAAGGUAAGAGGUUGAGGAAGAAGCAGAUGAACGGAGGGGGUGGCUGAGAAGAGAAGGGAGGACAAACACACAUGCACAGAGAGAGAGAUCAGAGGAUACUCCGGAUCUGCGAUCAGCUCGACUUGCAGCGCUGUGAGAGAAUGUGACGGGAAGAGCUGGAAAACAAGGAUUUUUCCCGCUUCGCCUGACUUCGGCUGGACGGAUCUCGCAGGGUUUGCUGACAUGGGACACAAGCUUCUUCAGCUGAAAACAGGUUCAGCCAUGCCAAUCUGGUCUGUCCACUUUGACCUCCUGAUAUUACCGAGCCUGCUGCUGCAGCUGCUCUUGUUGCUCUCGGCGCCCCUGGAAAGCGGCGCCCAGAAUGACACGGAGCCCAUCAUCCUGGAGGGGAAGUGCCUGGUGGUGUGUGACUCCACGCCUUCGUCGGAGCCCGCUGGGAGCGCUCUGGGCAUGUCCGUCCGCUCCGGCUCAGGACGGGUGGCCUUCUCGGCCAGCAGGCAGACCAACCACGAGCCGACAGACAUGAGCAACCGCACCAUGAUCAUCUACUUUGAUAAUAUUUUAGUCAACGUGGGCACUCACUUCGACCAAGAGAGCAGCGUCUUCGUCGCUCCGCGGAGAGGGGUUUACAGCUUCAACUUCCAUGUCGUGAAGGCCUACAACAGACAGACCAUUCAGGUCAACCUGAUGGUGAAUGGCUGGCCGAUGAUUUCAGCGUUUGCGGGAGACCAAGACGUGACCAGAGAAGCGGCGACCAAUGCAGGCCUGGUGAUUCUGGAGAAGGGCGACAAGGCCUACCUCAGACUGGAGAAAGGGAACCUGAUGGGAGGCUGGAAGUUCUCCACCUUUUCCGGCUUCCUCGUCUUCCCCUUGUGAGACGGGUCGAAAAUGGAAGUGCUGGGUAACAGGGAAGGUGUGAGUGAUGGGUGUUACGGCGCUUUGCAAAAGUAGUUACACCUCUUGAACUUCUUGACAUCACGUCCGUUGUUCUCCAGAAAACAUCUCAGGCUCGGUUAGAUUGGGUGGAGAGCAUCUGCGAACAUCAUUUUCCAAGACACUUUCCACUUUGACUGGGUCAUUCUAACACAGGAUGAGGGCUUUUUUUUAAUCUUACCAGAGUCCCUUCUUCCACAUGCUUGUUAUUUCUCCUACAUGACUUCUGGAAAACUGCAAAAAGUACUUAUUUUGAUUCCUUUUCUUGCCACUAUUCAUAAAAUUCAAAUUGGUGGAGUUCAUGACUGAUGGUUGUCCAAUCAAUAGAUUAUCCAAUCUGAACUGUGUAUCUCUGCAGCUUCUUCUGGGUUACUGCUUGCCCGCCUCUCUGACUGAUCCUCUACUUCACUUUAAGUCAAAUGCCUUAUCUUGGUAGGCUUAGAGUUGUGCCAUAGUGUUUCCAUUUCCAAAUAAUUGGUGGAACAUUGCUCUGUGAGAUGUUGAACACUUGGGAUAUACUUUUAUCAAAACUUCUCUACACCUUUCUCCCUGACCUGUUCCUUGGUCUUCAUGAGGAACGUUCCCUAACAAACCUCUGAGGCUUUCUUAGAACAACAUGGAUUUAUAAUAACAUUAAAUAACACUCAGUUGGACUGUCUAACUUCUAAAAGUAGCUAGCUGCAUUGGAUUUUAUUGAAAAUAAAUCAAAUUAAAGAGGAUUUAUUUCCCUUCCACUUCACAACUAUGCUUCUCAAAAAAAACAAAAUCCUAGAAAUAUAAACAGACGCUUCUCACUGUAACCCUAUAAAAUGUGUAAAAGUUUGAGGUGUAUGCUUUUGCAAGGUGCUGUACAUCUAAUUUUAGGACUAAACAAAUGAAGAGAACUAUCUACAAAAAAAAGUUGCUGAAAGCUACAAACACUCUAUGAAAAUAAUUUAUUUAUUUUGUCUUCAUGUGAAAUAUUUAUUGUUUAUUGAAUAUAAUGAUUGUGAAAAAGUAUCUCUUUGUGCUCCUGUGCUGACAUAAUGCCAAGCCUUUAUUUUUGUUUAUGUUAACAGCUAGCUGUGCUCCAAAUAUCCCAUCCAGCUUAAAAAAAGCAUUUUGUUUGAAUUUACUGUAUGACUGUUUCUCCUCUGUCUAUCUGUCAGCAUCAUACAAAAGAUGUCUAUUUACCAACAAAUUUCUAUAAAGAACAAAGCGCUAAAAAAACUGAAA